AUGAUCGGCUCCACUCCUCCCACUGCUGCUCCUGGUUGUCCAUCAACUGCCCCCCUGGCUGCUGCGCUCCCUGGGGUGUUCCGGUCACCCCCGGCUGCCCCUCUGCCUGCUACUCUCGCCGGGGUGCUCCGGGCACCCUCGGCUGCCCCCCUGGCUGGUGCGCUCCCUGGGGUGCUACGGUCACCCCCGGCUGCCCCCCUGGCUGGUGCGCUCCCUGGGGUGCUCCAUUCGCCCCCGGCUGCCCCCCUGGCUGCUGCUCCCUCUGGAGUGCUCCGGUCGCCCCGGGCUGCCCCCCAAGCUGCUGCGCUCCCUGGGGUGCUCCGGUCACCCCCGGCUGCCCCCCUAGCUGCUGCUCUCUCUAAGCUGCUCCCUGCACCCUCGGCUGCCCCCCUACCUGCUGCUCUCCCCAGGGUGCUCCCAGCACCGUCGGCUGCCCUCCUACCUGCUGCUCUCCCCGGGGUGGUCCGGGCACCCUCGGCUGCCCCCCUGCCUGCUGCUCUCCCUCAGGUGCUCCGGGCACCCUCGACUACCCCCCUGCCUGCUGAGCUCCCAGGAGUGUCUCACUCGCCCUCGGCUGCCCCUCCGCCUGCUGUGCGGCAUCCCCGCUUCCAGUCCGCCCUUGCGAUUUAUGGGAAUGGCGCCUCCAGCCUCGGCCCCGUGCCCGGCUCCCGCCGCUCCCCCCCCCCGGCAGCUCCUGCCGCUCUCUCACCGACAGCGCUUGCUGCCCUCCUGCCGGCAGCUCCAGCUGCCCUCCUGUUGGCUGCUCCAGCUGCCCUCCUGUUGGCAGCUCCUGCUACUCUUCUCGUGGCAGCUCCUGCUGCCCUCUUGCGUGAAGCCGCGCCUGGUACCCGGAUCGGUCCCACCGCACCUCUGGCUAUAGCUCGGCCAUUUCCACGUCUACCGCUUGCCGCUCCCUCUCCGGCAGCUACCCUUCCCCCGGCAGCUCCGGCUGCCCCUCCCUUGGCAGCUCCUACUGCUCUCCCCCUGUUGGCUCCUACUGCCCUCCAGCCUGCAGCUGGGCCUGGUUCCCCGAUUGGUCCCACUGCACCUCUGGCUGUAGCUCGGCCAUUUCCACGUCUACUGCUUGCUAAUCCCUCGCCGGCAGCUCUAGCUGCCCUCCUGCCGGCAACUCCUGCUGCCCUCCUGCCGGCACUUCUUGCUGCCCUCCUGCCGGCAACUCCUGCUGCCCCCCUGCCGGCAACUCCUGCUGCCCUCCUGCCGGCAACUCCUGCUGCCCUCCUGCCAGCAACUCCUGCUGCCCCCCUGCCGGCAGCUCCUGCUGCCCUCGUGCCUGCAGCUCCCGCUGCCCUCCCACCACCAGCUCUUGCCCCUCUCCCGCCGGCCGCUCCUGUUGCUCUCCUGCCGGCAGUACCUGCUGCUCUCCUGCCGGCAGUACCCGCUGCCCUCCUGCCUGCAGCCCUUGCUACCAUUUCGCCGGCAGCUCCUGCUCCCCUCCCACCGGCAGCUCCUGCUGCCCUCCCGCUGACAGCACCUGCUGCCCCAAUGCUUGUGACUUCCAGGCCUCCCCCGACGGCCGGUUCUGCUGCCCCCCCUCCCGCCACAAGGAUUGGGUCCCCGAUGGACUCCCCUGCUGCACGUCCGCCCGAGCUCUCCGCCUUCGUUCCUGCCUUUGGGCUAGGCAAGGCCUGCGCCGAGCUGUGA